AUGGUCAUCUCACUCCCCGAGCACGAGGGCGAGGAAGCAAAGACUAAAGCACUACCCUGGGAAAUGCCCAAAAUCUUGAUCGAUGGUGCCAGUUCCGUUAAAAUCUUAUUCUAUGAAACGUUUAAACAAAUGGGCCUCAAAGAUGAGUGCCUCAUACCCUCGAAUUACAACAUAUUUGGAUUCAACGGGUCAUCAACCCGUCCAAGAGGAGAGAUAAUAUUAGAAAUCUGGGUUGGGAUAAUCCUUACCCUAACCACUUUUUGUGUGGUAGAUGUACUUUCGCCCUACACAGCCAUUGUCGGACGAUCAUGGGUCCAUGGAAUCAAAGGAGUGGCCUCGACUUACCAUCAAAGGCUAAAGUUUCCUACGCCUGAUGGAGUGGCAGAAAUUAUUGGAGACUCUGUCGAAGCAAGGUAUUGCUACAAGAUGGACGUCCAAAACGGCGAGAACAAAGUAAAUUCUUCAAAAACGCAGGCGAGGAGAGCUAGAGGUAUUGAUAACUCGAUUGAAGACCAUGACUAA